AUGGCCCAUGUUAUAACUCCGCUUGACCAGCCGUCCAACUACAAGGAUUCACAGGCGCGCGUGGACCGCAAAAAGCAAAACGACCUUCUCUCUAAAUCCACCACUCUUUAUAUCGGCAACUUGAGUUUUUACACGACCGAAGAACAAAUAUACGAGCUUUUCUCAAAAUGUGCUAGCCCGGAAGACGGCGGAGGUAUAAAACGAAUCAUUAUGGGUUUGGAUAGAAAUUCGAGAACCCCAUGUGGAUUUUGCUUCGUCGAAUACUACACUAAUGCCGAGGCAUUGGCUUGCAUGCGCUAUGUCAGCGGCACAAAGCUCGAUGAGCGCAUAAUUCGGUGCGACCUUGAUUUAGGAUACAGUGAAGGCCGCCAAUUUGGGAGGGGGAAAAGCGGUGGACAAGUUCGGGACGAACACCGUCAAGACUAUGACCCAGGAAGGGGUGGUUGGGGGGCUCAGGCCCAACGCCUAGAGCUUGAGCGUCGCCGUGAAGUCGAAGAACGUUACGCUGAUGCACAAGACGGGCCGGGCGCUGUUGCUGGUGGCGGUGGUGAUUGGAAGGAAGCAGACACAAGCGAUUCACGUUUGAAACGCGGUCGCUCGCCUGAAGACGAAGACGAGAACAUCCGCGGGGGUCAGAGAUCGCGUUUGGACGAAGAUGGGGACGGGGAAAGAAUGUAG